AUGCGGAUAGAGAACCGAUUACCUCAAAGGAUGAAGAAACCUACCUCAUGCUUUGUGAAUAUGCACAAGACUGUCACUACAUCAGCACUGAUCAUUGGCACGGUCAUAUUUAUAUUUUACUACAAUAUGUUUAAUUUACUUAAUUUUUACGCGAUCGAAAAGCCUAUGUUUGAUGCGAGAACAACGAUCCGAUUUUAUAAUGAUACAGACGACUAUAUACUAGAUACAGCAGGAUGUGUGAUACCAAAUUUUUCAAAAACAUUGAAAUUUAAAGAAGCUACGUAUAAAAAGAUGACUUGUAAAGACCGAGGUGUAUUCGUAAAUAAAAUAGCUUAUAAUAAAAUCAGAUUCGACAUACAAAAUCGUAUAAUGAAGCGUUACAGUAAAGGAAAACCUUUCAAUUGUUGUUACAAAUUUGCUUAUAGAUCUACCGAGCCAGGAAAGGAGGAUACUGAAAUUAUAUAUACAACGUGCAAGGCUUUUAGAAAUGGGACAACAAUAGACUUGGAACAAGAAGUUCUAACUGUAACAUGUAAAAUUGUUGAAAAACAAACCGUCAUCUACGAAGAUGCGUACCUUUUACUUAAGAAGUUAAAUCAAUUAGACAGGAUAAUCAAAAGGAAUGAAAAUUCGUGGAAUGUUUUAAUAGUUGGUAUGGACACGAUGUCACGGGCAAGAGCGUACGCCACAAUGCCUCAAACUGUUGCCCACUUGCACAAGCAUAAGUGGUUAGAUUUCAGAGGAUAUCAAAAGGUUGGCUUUAACACAUUUCCAAAUAUAAUGGCCGUUUUAACUGGGAAAAAAAUGUCUUCAGUAUAUAAGGCUUGUGCAAAAGGCAUGACGUACUGCAAUGACUUUAUGAUGUGGCAUAAAUUUGAACAAGCUGGCUACGUUACUGCUUACGGUGAAGAGUACUUAAGGCUACCUGAUACUUUUUCACGAUACAAUGGUUUUAAUGUAGCACCGACACACCACUACACUCGGCCAUUUUUCCUAACCGGAGAGGAAAAAGUCGGGAAUUAUAUUUGCACCGGAAGACGACCUUCGGCGUUACAUUUAUUAGAUUACGCUAUAGAUUUUGCAAAUACGUAUGGCGAUGUUAACUUUUUUGGCAUGUUUUGGCUUAACUCUUUCAGUCAUAAUUUUGACAAUAUGCCAGCACUAAUUGAUAAGGACAUGGCACACUUUUUUGAUAAACUAGAGCAAAGUAGUGCAUUUAACAAUACUUUCGUUGUAUUCCUCAGCGAUCAUGGAAUAAGGUUCGGUGAGAUGAGAUUACCGAUAGAGUCUUAUUACGAAGAACGUCUACCAAUGUUCUUCAUGCAUGUUCCAUAUAGAUUUCAAGAAUUAUAUUUUAAUGAAUACAAUAAUUUAAAAACGAAUCAAGUUAGAUUGACUACGCCGUAUGAUUUUCAUUUGACUAUGUCAAAUAUAUUGAAGUUGUCGAACGAUUCUGCUGAGAUUACGCUCUCGGAGGCGUGUUCAAAUUGUUCAAGUUUAUUUUACGAAAAACCAGUGAAUAGGACUUGCGCAGACGCUGGUGUUACCGACAAAUGGUGCAGCUGUCACAACAUGGACAAAGCAAACAAGAGUGACGCGUAUGUACAAAAGAGUCUAGAUCUAGCCGUAUCCUACGUACAAAAUAUAACAGAGACAAUAGAAACUGAUAUUUGCAUGCUUUGCGAAAAUCUAAAGCUAAAGACAGUUUUAAGACAUCACUUCUAUGAAGACGAUGGAAAGACAUUUUAUAUUGUAGCGUUUUUACUUGUACCGGGUGACGUAGCGUUCGAAGCGAAUUUAAUGAGAGAUGGUACCGAAAUGAGCAUUGUAGGACCAAUCGAAACUAUAUCGGCUUAUAACACCAGAGGGAAUUGUGUUAUGAAACCAAGUGACAGGUCAUAUUGCGUGUGUAAAAAAGAUCAAGCGUGCAAUAAAAAACAUAAAAAAUAUCUUCACUCUUUU